AUGGAGUUGACGCAGCUCACGUCGUCCAUGGCCAUGGGCUGGUGCGUGCUGUUCUGGGGCCAGUGGUUGUUCUGGGCCGGGACUGGAGGUCAUGGCGUGGGCACUGGCUCGAGGAUGUCGGCCCGCAUGUUGAUGGCCAUGGUGUUCUCCAUGGCGUGCUUCAUGGCAAUACGGAUCGUGGACUUCUUCGCCGACAGGGCCAGCAAGAGCACGCAGAAGGGCCUUCGGCAGCUCCUCAGCACCUUCGGCAUUGUCAUGGGGCUGACCUGGGAGGCGUGCUUCACCGAGGCCAUUGACGGCAUCACGGCAGACUACGACGGAUCUUACAAGACGGUCUUGGACUUCGGCAUCACGUUCUCCUUGUGCGCGGUCGUGUUGCCCGCGUGGGCCAUGUACAUCUUGCCGAAGGUGCUGGAGGACGAGGAGCAGAAGAAGGACAAGGAGAAGGAGGCCAACGGACAUGCAGAGGAGCUCGGCUCAUUUGGUGACGAGUCCAUGACCGAGUGA